UGGUAAGGUGUAUAAAAAUGAAAAUAAAAUGUGAAUAGAAGCAGUUAGUGUGUAUUGAACUUUUAACUGCAAUGGGUUUCCUAGGCAUACGUUUGUCGCGUCAACCCAUUCAGGGCAAAGGCAAACUUGUUCAUGGCUUGCUUAUUAUGCUCAUAAUUAUGUUGACCUUGUUUGGACUAUUCUCCAAUCGGUUUACGUUGCGUGGACGACAGCGUUAUGUCUUUUCGAAGAAGAUUUUUGCAUAUUCCAUAAUGGUGACCACGAUAUUUAUGAGCAUCUACGUACGACAGAUAUAUCAGGAUUACAUAAAUUCACAGCUUAAUCUGCGCGAUGCUGUCAAAUUAUACAGCUAUAUGAACAUCACGGUGGCAACUAUUAACUUUUUUACCCAAAUGAUAAUGAGCAAAACGGCUGGUAAAAUGAUGAGCACAGUUCCCUUAUUCAAGACAUUGAACGAAUUGCACAUUGAUAGUGGAGCAAUAAGGAAAUCUGUAAUGUUGGCACUAAUCAAAGUACUUGGAUUUCCGCUAGUUAUGGAGUUUGCUUUGGUCAUGCAACAGAGGCGAAAUGAGCCGGAUGUCUAUUGGACCUGGACGCUGCACAAGUUGUUUCCAAUGAUUAUAUCAAAUUUUUUAAACAAUUGUUAUUUCGGUGCCAUGAUCAUAGCUACGAACAUUGCAGAGGCCGUCAAUGAGAGGCUUAAAGCGGUUGUAGACCAGGUGAAUUUUAUGCAACAAGCGCUAAAUAGACAACUUCAGUCGAAAUACUAUCGUAUACAGAGAUAUUGCACAUUAGCGGAUGAGCUUGAUGAUCUGGCAAUUAAAUAUAAAAUAAUUUGCGUAAAAAGUACAGAGUAUAUGGCCCUGAUGUCACUCUCAAUAAUUCUAUCAUUGAUUUGCCACCUUCUGGGUAUUACAGUUGGGGUCUUUAAUCAAUAUUAUGGCAUAGCCGAGUCCAUCAUUGUUGGCAAGCAGUUCGAUGGAUUUGGUGCACUCAUCAAUUUAGUGUUUCUGACCAUAUCAAUUUUGGAAAUAGGCUUACUGACUUAUGUGAGCAAUGAUAUAUUAAAUGUAAUUCGAACUACGGGCAGCUCUCUGCAAGAAAUCAAUCUACAAAAUGCUGAUUGGCGUUUUCGUCAAAGUGUUCACGCAUUUGCCCUGCAAGUUAAUACAAUCAAAUACAGAAUCAAGCCAAUGGGAUUGUUCGAAAUUGAUAUUUCGCUUAUAACAAGUGUACUUUCUGCGGUAGCCAGUUUUUCACUCAUACUGGUCCAAUCCGAUCUCUCCCAGCGUUUUAAGUAG